CAACUUGGUUGGAGUAGGCUGUACGCCGCCGACAUCAGCCAUGGCAAACCAAUAUCAGACAGGAUUGGGCGGAGAUGCGCCUAAGAUGCUGGCUGUGUUAUGGUCGCUUACCGCGCUGGCGCUGGUCUUUGUCAUUCUCCGUUUGUACACCCGUCUGAGAGUUAUUCGCGCGUAUGGGUUGGACGAUUACUUCUAUAAUGCCUCUUUUAUUACCCUUUUAACCUACGACAUUAUGAUGACGAUUGCGUCGAUGUAUGGAUUCGGCCGAAAUAUCGACGACGUUAUCGCCAUCAAGGGCCCUGUCGUGGGAAUGGAAUCCGUCACGAGGGCGAUACUCUACUCUGCCAUCGGGCAGACCAUUCUCGUCUUCGGAACGAUCCUUUGCAAGACUUCCAUGGCUUUCUUCUUGAUACGACUCGUUCCGGAUAAGCGCAAUCAAAUCAUUAUUUGGAUUCCCAACUUCUUCCUGGCAACCGGCAUCAUAGCAUCGCUCUUCGUCUUCUGGUUUGCGUGUAGACCGACCGCUUUCUUGUGGGAUCGUCGAAUUCCUGACGGAAAAUGUCCUAUUGACCCAGGCCCAAUCUCAACUUACGCAGGUGCCUGGUCUGUUAUAACGGAUUUUUGGUAUGCAGCCUUUCCCUGGUACCUUCUCUGGAAUAUUCAGAUGCCGAAGCGUGAGAAACGCAUUAUUGCGGCUUCUUUGAGCUUGGGUAUUAUUGCCGGGGCUUGUGGCAUUGAAAGAGCCAUACAAUUGAAGUACCUGGGCAGCCCGAAUUACCUCAAAGACGUUGUCGGCAUCAUUAUAUGGCAUGCUGCGGAGUUUUGUUCGACCAUGGUCUGUAUCGGUAUUCCUGUCUGUCGACCGCUUUACCGAGACUGGCUAGAAGGCUUAUCAACUGCAAGAGGAAGCAGCGGUACAGGAGGCGGCAGUGGAUGGUUGAGAAAUAAGGAUCAGUCGGGGGAUGGCGUGUUUUCAUUGCAUACCAUCGGUGGAUCUGGGCCUCGAAGCAAUCCUGCAAAUCCAACGGGAGAUGAAACUGUGGCUGCUAGGCAGAGCACUACCAGGGCGCGAAUCACCUCCGACAACACCAGCGAAGAGUCAAUCCUUGACGCAGAAGCUAAAGAGCGUGCAAGAGGCAAUGACAAAGAUUUGGGGAUCAGGGUCAAGACGGAGUUCAAGGUGGACUAUGAUAGGAAUUAAUAGCAGCGUUGGUUGAGAACUAACUUUACUCAAAGGUUAGAAGUAAUGAUAGAAUAGAAUAAAACCUUAAUUCACCAAAUG